AUGGCACAUUGCAAUGAUUUUUAUGUUUUGUUAGUACAAUUAAAACCAUUUAAAAAAUUACAAACGUGUGACUUAUGCGGCAGGUGCAUCGUGUUGCAUGGCAGCAUCUAUGCCGCAUCGACGCAGGGUCGACAUACACAGGGACAUCGCCAGGUGACCUCGGGGCACUGCCGCCCUUACAAUAUUUAUUAUAACAAAGUCGCUGUUGAAGAGGAGUGGAUUGAGAGGUGUAAGAUAGCCUGGUCGGGAAGCAAGCUUUAA